AUGGAGGACAGAAUAAAUUUCAAUAUCAAUGAAUCGCUCAAAUACUACUUGAGUGAUCCCGCAACGGUGCCGACGCCUGACGCUGAGCCGGAAUUGUACGAUUGCGAAAAUGAAACCGAAUUGCUUUCAUCGGCGCUUAUCGAUGGAGUCAUCGAUCCCAUUGUCGAUGGUGUCGCUGCGAACCCUGAAAUGCUGAUGCGACCGUCCUUUUUUGAUUCGCUUCAGGUCCUUCUCAAAUGCUGCACUGUAUUACCGUCGAAAAGCUUGAGCAAGAUCCUCGACUUGAUCGUGUCCGGCCUUGCUGUAGAAGCCGAUAUCAUUCAUUGCGACUUGGAGGCAGACGAACAAGAAGCGGUGCAACAACAUAAACAACUGCUCGAAAUGUACGGGUUCUUGCUACAAUGGGCUCUCUCCGCCGUCGAAGUCAAGGCUGCUGAAAAGCCUGCUACAGCAGCCCCUGCUCGCCGCACCGGAAAAUCAGGCAAAUCGAAACAGUCCGCCAAAGAAGGGAAUUGGGAUUGGACACCACAGAUACAGAUCUCCAUGGAGACGAUGUGCAAAGUGCUGAAAUUGAAGUUGGGAAAGAUCUUCUUGACAACCUCUGACCGAGAUACUUUUGUCAAUCUCUUUACUAGAUCGGUAUAUCUACUGUUUGAAAACGAACAACGAGUGAAGAAUAUGGCUAUCCGGAUGCACGCUUUCAAGGUGUUAUGUAUUGCUGUGAAGCAUCAUGGCCAUGCUUUUGGAGCUCAAACUUCUAUUGUACAGAGCUUAACUUAUUUCGAGCACUUGUCUGAACCAAUGGCGGAGUUUCUGCAUAUUCUUGCAGAGCAAUACGAUUAUACACAAUUAGGCGACGAGAUUUUGAGGGAGCUCGCGAAUAAGGAGUUUAACAGCAAUGACACAAGAGGUCCCAAAUCAGUCUCAGCUUUCAUAGUCAAGUUGUCAGAACUAGCACCACGAGUGGUCAUUAAACAGAUGACUCUUUUGGCCAAGCAACUGGACAGCGAGUCAUACACGCUCCGUUGCGCGAUUAUCGAAGUUUGUGGCAACUUGAUUGCCGACCUCAGCAAAGAGGAAGAGAGAGAUGGCAGCUCCAAGUCGCAAAUCAAUGCAUUCUUUGAUGUUCUUGAGGAACGUUUCUUGGACAUCAACCCCUAUUGUCGAUGCCGUGCGAUUCAGGUUUAUAUGCGGCUCUGUGAUUUGGAUCAAAAAUUCCCUAAACGUCGUCAGAAAGCCGCAGAACUUGCAGCCAGAAGUCUUGAAGAUAAAAGCAGCAACGUUCGGAGGAACGCUAUCAAACUUCUUGCAAGGCUUGUGUCCACCCAUCCUUUCAGCGUCAUGCACGGUGGUCAGCUAGCACACAAGGACUGGGCUGCUCGUCUUGAAGCCGUUGAAGCCGAAUUGGAUUCUCUGAAGCCUCCCCCUGAAACUCCAGGUCUCGGUGAGACACAUAUAGACAGCGAACUAUUGGACGAUGCAACACAACUUCCAGACGAGUCUCCUUCAAAAGCACCAAAGAUGACAGACGACGAAAGAACAAUUGCUAUGCAGAAAGCUGCCGAGGAGGCGGCAACUUCCGAGCUACUUGCAAGAUUGCAGCUGACGCGAAAAUAUUAUCUUGAAGCCCUCCGCUUCAUUCAAGUUCUCCAUUCAGCUUCGCAAAAUGUGUGCCAACUCUUAUCCGCCCGUAAUAAGAGUGAGGUCAUUGAGGCCAUGGAUUUCUUUGUGGUCAUUGAUGCAUACAAAGUAGAGACCUCCAGAAUUGGUAUCAGGCGAAUGCUACGUCUUAUCUGGACCAAGGGAAACAGUGAUGAAGGAAAGGGCGUUCAAACACACCUGAUCGACUGUUACAAGGGGCUCUUUUUCGAUGCGCCUGAUAGCUUCAGCACAAACGACGCUGCAAACUACAUUGCUCGCAAUAUGAUCAGUUUGACUUUUGGCUCUACACAGGCCGAGCUUACUUCGCUCGAGCAGUUGCUGAGUACCAUGAUGAAAUCGGGACAUAUCUCAGAAGCAGUUGUUGCCAAACUCUGGCAGGUAUAUAGCGUCCAGAGAAGGGAAAUUUCUAGAGCCCAGCGACGAGGAUCGAUCAUUGUACUAGGAAUGCUCGCUCUUGCUGAGCCGGAUAUUGUUGUAAGAGAAACGGAGGCCAUGUUGCGCAUCGGUCUGGGUGAACUUGGACGUUCUGAUCUUGUGCUUGCACGGUAUACCUGCGUUGCUCUGAGACGAAUGAUACCUGGCCGUCAGGCCAAGAGCAAGGAAAGUGGCGUCGCGAAAUUGCCUAAUGAUCACCCUGUGCUGGCGAGAUUGGCCGCGAUCACAGAGAUCUCGUCCGACAGCAAGGAAUGGUACGGCGUAGCAGAGCAAGCGAUUAGCGCGAUUUAUGCACUCUCGAAACACCCAGAUGUGUUGUGUUCUGAUAUUAUCCGACGAAAGACUAGAGAAGUUUUCCAAGCUACUUCACGUCAAUCCGCUAGUCAAACAAUGGUUGAGAGUGAAGAACGUCCUGGCACAGCGUCGAGCGAGAAUUCAGCAGGAAACAAAGCUUCAUCCUCAGGUCUAUCUCAAUUGCUCUUUAUUGUUGGUCACAUUGCCAUCAAGCAGAUUGUUCACCUUGAACUCUGUGAACUCGACUUUAAGCGGAGAAAGGCAGAACAAGAAAAGAACAAGACGGCGAGCAACGAUGCCCAAAAGAACGACCAGGCAGACGAUAACGAGCUAGAUCUCAUCGGCGGAACGACCGAAGAUGACUUCACUGAAGCCAUGGCUCACGUACGAGAGCGAGAGCUUCUAUAUGGACAAAGCUCUCUGUUGACCAAUUUCGGCCCAUUGGUAACUGAGAUUUGUGCCAAUAACAAUGCAUACCCCGACCCUAAUCUCCAAGCCCAAGCAACAUUAUGCAUGGCCAAGUUAAUGUGCGUCUCUUCGGAAUACUGCGAGAAGAAUCUGCCCCUUCUCAUCACCAUCAUGGAACGUUCCGAAGACCCAAUUGUCCGCAGCAACGCCGUCAUCGCUCUCGGAGACAUGGCAGUCUGCUUCAACCACCUCAUUGACGAAAACACCGAUUUCCUCUACCGACGUCUUAACGACAGCGACGCCUCCGUCAAACGCACCUGUCUUAUGACAUUGACCUUUUUGAUCUUGGCAGGCCAAGUCAAGGUCAAGGGACAACUGGGUGAAAUGGCGAAAUGUCUGGAAGAUGACGACAAACGCAUCGCAGAUUUGGCGCGCAUGUUCUUUACUGAGUUGGCUACUAAGGAUAAUGCGGUUUACAACCACUUCGUCGAUAUCUUCAGUCUUUUGAGCUCGGAGCGUAACCUAGAAGAAUCCUCAUUGAGGCGCAUUAUCAAGUUCCUUGCCGGAUUUGUCGAAAAGGAAAAACACGCAAAACAACUCGCCGACAAACUUGCCGCGCGUCUCACCCGCUGCGAAACAGAACGCCAAUGGAACGAUGUGGCAUAUGCAUUGUCCUUAUUGCAACAUAAGAAUGAGGAGAUUACCAAGACUAUCGGUGCUGGGUUCCGGGUUGUCACUGCUUCUGGUUAA